AUGGAGCCUAAUACCGAUAACAACGUUGGCCUACUUCCCGAUGACCUUCACACCUUCACCUUCACCUCCUUCUAUUUCCAAAUGCGCUAUGCACUAUUGACCCGCGCAAUUGAAUGCCCACUUCGCCUCUCAUUACACGCAACAGAUGAUUAUCAGCUACGUCUUACAUCAGAGAAUAUCAACCAUAACCAUGGUCCAUCAGAACAUAUCUCGUCACACCCUGCUCAUCGCCGCCUAGAGUUAAAUCAGAAAUCCAAACUUAUCCAGAAUCAGCUACAGCAAGGCACUAAACCGCGACAAAUUAUCACACGUCUCCGGAUUGAUGAUCCUCAGUCAUGUCUUAUUGAUAAAGAUCUCUACAACUUUAUCCAAAAGACUCAACUUGAGUAUCUAGCUGGACGAACACCUAUACAGGCAUUAAUCGAUGACCUUCCAGAGGAUGGAAAAUGA